AUGUUGUUCAGCGGCAUAAUUCGGGUGCUUACAGCACUUCUGUGGGUUUGUGUGUUGGUGGGCGUGGUCAUCGCGCAAGAUUCUACGACUUCCUUCAGCAAUGGAACGACCACGGCGAGGACCUCACCAACGAUAACGGGAAGCUCGACACCGUCGUCAUCUGAACCCCCGGACGUCUGGCUCAACGUGCCCAAUCUCUCCGUUGGCCGCAUCGAAUUGGACGUGGACGAUCUCCGCGCCGACAUCAACUUGAACGCACAAGUUGCAAACUUGGUUACGCUGAAUGCCGGUGUGGCAGUCUCUAUUCAAGAAGUCAAUCUUACCAUUGCGGACGUUGAAGCCGAACUGGAACUGAUUGUCCGUUUGGGACACCUGGUCGACAUAGUCAACCGUGUAUUCGAGUCCCUGGAUUUGAAUCCUCUGCUGAUCUCCACCAUCAACAACGUUACAAACCUACUGGAACCUAUUGUGGGUGCCGUAGAUGGCCUCCUCGGAUCCAUCACUCAGGGCGGAAGCACUGUUUCUUUCCUCAUCGACAAUCUAGGAAACAUUGUGCAGGAAGUGGGCGGAGUGAGCACGAUUGUGGGCAACUACCAGACCAAUAUGACCGACACGGGCGUCAGUCAGACACUGUCUGGUGGCCUUGUGGAGAAGACCUAUUCGUAUUCGCCGCUCAAUGCCCUGGUGAACAUCGUUUUCAAUGCUGCCGGUCAAGUGGUUCAGGCAUCGGUGGCCAAGAAGAGUGGUGGAGGGGGCACAGCGACAACUCCGACAUCCAGCCCCGCAACGUCUGCUGCACCAACCGCAACGUCAACGCAGCGAUCAAAUCAUAGAGGUGGACAUUGA